AGCCUGCUCUCCAGGAAAGAAACCUGAGAAACAGGUGCCCAGUACCUCCGGGAGGCGGGGUUUGCUGGCCUUUUCCUCACACUCUUUCCCUGCACCCGGGAAGACUUUAGCCUCACUUCCCGACCGACCGCACAGCCUCGCCCGCGGUGCGGUGUGCGUGUGAGCCUGAGCCGGCGACAGGCAGGAAUGCAGCAGGCGGGACUGGCUCUCGUGGCCUUGGCUGCCUGUGUGGCUCUUUGCCCCUCGGACGCCAUACUUCCCAUUGCCUCCAGCUGCUGCACUGAGGUCUCCCAGCGUAUCUCCAGAAGGCUUCUGCAGAGAGUGAACGUCUGUCGCAUCCAGAGAGCUGAUGGGGACUGUGACUUGGCCGCCGUCAUGCCCUUCUCCUUCUUCCUUUACGACUUUCUGCUGCCGAGGAGCCAUGGACCACAGUGCAGUAGAGCUGCGGCCCCGCGGCGCUCAUUCUCAGGGUCGGCUCUGCGAGAAUGCGCCGUGCCUGAGAGCGGGGACUGGCGGCCGACGCCCAACCCACUGAGCUGCAGUCGGGGCUGAACUCAAUUUCGAAUGAAGCAGGAGAGUUUCUUAUUUAAAGAAAUUUCUGCAGAUAAUCCUUUGGACAUUCAUGAGCAUUCUUUUCAUUAAUGGAAAAUGAACAUUAUUUUUUAAAGCUAAUUUUGACAUUUGGUUAUCUGUUUGCGGCGCAUUAGUGGUAAAAAAAAAAAAAAGCACUGAUUGCUUUGGUCGGUAGGGCCUUACCGAAAUCCUGGUAGACACAUCAGUCCGUCUAUCUGCCGGAGGAGAGGGUGAGACCUGGGCUGCUGCGGAGACAGAGAAGCAGGCACAAUAACAGAAGAAUGACCUGUCCCUUGGAACAGCUGUGACGUGCUGGGAGAAAAAUACGAAGCUGGAGGGAGAGGCCAUGAGCCUGUGAACGAGGGGAACCUCUGGAAGCCAGAAAAGGCAAGUAAACAAUGGUCCCCAAGGUGCCACCCCGACGAUGCCCCCUCGAAAUUGUGUCCAGAGAGACUCAUUUCAAACUUCGGACCUCCGGAAAUUUAGACAGUAAAUUUGUGUUAUUUUAAGUCAUUAAAAAAAAAAAACAAGAUCGUUGUGAAGAUUCCGUGUGCAGCACUGUGCUUGCCACACAGGAGGAUCUCAGGAACUAUGUGUUGGUUUUGGGGGCGACUGCAGUCUGCUUUGAGAGUGAAGGCAUGUUCUCCAGCUUGACUUUCAUGCUCGGAUUCCUGGCGCUGGAGCACCUUUUACACGUGACAGCCUGGCCUCACUCACGUCCUCGUGGAGAGCUGGGGAAGGACCUGCCUUGUGCCUUAAAAAAAUUUAAGCCCUGGCUGGCGUAGCUCAGUGGAUUGAGUGCGGGCUGCAAACCAAAGUGUCACAGGUUCGAUUCCCAGUCAGGGUACAUGCCUG